AGGAAAUAAGGGAUCAAGAAAGCUUGGGUGAGGUGAGUAAGACGGGAACUCUAGUGAGGAGCGAGGUAACCGGGCGCAAAAAGGAGAUGCGGAGGGAGGACCUGUCGGGAACAGUUAAUUUAGCAGGAUGCUCUGGGUAUAUGAGUGACCUAAAGCUGCAGACUAAAACGGAGAGAGAGCAGUGCCAACUGGGAGCAAGGCAAAGAUGCCAAUCCCUCCUCCCCCUCCACCCCCACCUGGCCCUCUUCCACCUCCUACUUUUAAUCAGGCAAACACAGUGCAGCCCAAGCUGAGUAGAGAGGAGCAGCGUGGUCGAGGUGCCCUCUUACAGGAUAUCUGCAAAGGGACCAAGCUGAAGAAGGUGACCAACAUUAACGAUCGGAGUGCUCCCGUCCUUGAGAAAUCCAAAGGAAGCAGCAGUGGUGGUUAUGGCUCUGGAGCAGCAGCCCUGCAGCCCAAGGGAGGGCUCUUCCAAGGAGGAGUGCCGAAGCUCAGACCUGUGGGAGCCAAGGAUGCUCCAGAAAACCCAACUGGUAAGCCAGCUCUACAAGUUCCCAGUUCUCGAGCUGCUGCCCCAAGGCCUCCAGGGUCUACAGCCAGUGGCCGCCCUCAAGAUGAUACAGACAGCAACCGAGCCUCCCUCCCAGACCUGCCUCGGACACAGAGACCCUCUUUACCGGACCUCUCUAGGCCCAAUAGCACCAGCAGUACCGGCAUGAAGCACAGCUCCUCUGCCCCUCCUCCGCCACCCCCAGGGCGACGUGCUAAUGCACCCCCUACACCUCUGCCUUUGCAUAGCAAGAAAACCCCCACCUACAACAGAGAGAAACCUUUGCCACCAACACCUGGACAAAGGCUUCACCCUGGUCGAGAGGGACCUCCUGCUCCACCCCCAGUAAAACCACCUCCUUCUCCUGUGAAUAUCAGAACAGGACCAAAUGGCCAGUCUCUGGCUCCUCCGCCACCGCCUUACCGCCAGCCUCCUGGGGUCCCCAAUGGGCCUUCCAGUCCCACUAAUGAGUCAGCCCCAGAACUGCCACAGAGACACAAUUCUUUGCAUAGGAAGACUCCAGGGCCUGUCAGAGGCCUAGCGCCAGCUCCACCCACCACAGCCUCUCCCUCUCUACAGAGUAACCGGCCACCUCCCCCAGCACGAGACCCCCCCAGCCGAGGAGCAGCUCCACCACCCCCACCACCCAUGAUCCGAAAUGGUGCCAGGGAUGCACCCCUUCCCCCGCCACCAUACCGAAUGCAUGGGUCAGAACCUCUGAGUCGAGGAAAGCCUCCCCCUCCACCCUCAAGGACACCAGCUGGGCCUCCUCCUCCUCCACCUCCACCCCUGAGGAAUGGCCAUAGAGAUUCUAUUACCACGGUCCGAUCUUUCUUGGAUGAUUUUGAGUCAAAGUAUUCCUUCCAUCCAGUAGAAGACUUUCCUGCUCCAGAAGAAUAUAGACAUUUUCAGAGAAUAUAUCCUAGCAAAACAAACCGAGCUGCCCGCGGAGCACCACCGUUACCACCCAUUCUCAGGUGAAGCCUG